GGCCCCGCGCCUGCCGCCUGCCGCUUCUGCGAGCUCGAGCCCGCGCCAUGGCCGCCUCGCCGGGCUCCGGCAGCGCCAACCCGCGGAAGUUCAGUGAGAAGAUCGCGCUGCACACGCAGCGGCAGGCCGAGGAGACGCGGGCCUUCGAGCAGCUCAUGACCGACCUCACCCUGUCGCGGGUUCAAUUUCAGAAGCUUCAGCAACUGCGCCUGACACAGUACCAUGGAGGGUCCUUACCAAAUGUGAGCCAGCUGCGGAGCAGUGCAUCGGAGUUUCAGCCGUCAUUUCAUCAAGCUGAUAAUGUCCGGGGAACCCGCCACCACGGGCUGGUGGAGAGGCCAGCCCGGAACCGCUUCCACCCCCUCCACCGAAGGUCUGGGGACAAGCCAGGACGACAAUUUGAUGGUAGUACUUUUGGAGCCAAUUACUCCUCGCAGGCCCUGGAUGAGAGUUGGCCGAGGCAGCAGCCUCCUUGGAAAGAAGAGAAGCACCCUGGGUUCCGGCUGACAUCUGCACUUAACAGGACCAAUUCCGAUUCUGCUCUUCACACGAGUGCUCUGAGCACCAAGCCCCAGGACCCCUAUGGAGGAGGGGGCCAGUCAGCCUGGCCUGCCCCAUACAUGGGUUUCUGUGACGGUGAGAAUGAUGGACACGGGGAAGUAGUGUCUUUCCCUGGCCCGUUGAAAGAAGAGAAUCUGUUAAAUGUUCCAAAGCCACUGCCAAAACAACUGUGGGAGACCAAGGAGAUUCAGUCCCUGUCGGGGCGCCCUCGAUCCUGUGAUGUCGGAGGUGGCAAUGCUUUUCCACACAAUGGUCAAAACAUAGGCCUCUCACCCUUUUUGGGGACCCUGAACACUGGAGGGUCAUUGCCAGAUCUAACCAACCUCCACUACUCGGCACCCCUGCCAGCCUCCCUGGACACCAAUGACCACAUCUUUGGUAGCAUGAGCGUGGGGAACAGCGUGCGCAACCUCCCAGCUGCUAUGACUCACCUGGGGAUAAGAAGCUCCUCUGGUCUCCAGAGUUCUCGGAGUAACCCCUCCAUCCAGGCCACGCUCAAUAAAACAGCGCUGUCCUCGUCCCUAAACAGCCACCCGCAGACGUCUGUUGCCAGCGCGUCUGCCCUGCACCCCGCGCUCCGUCUGUUUUCCCUGAGCAACCCCUCUCUGUCCACCGCCAGCCUGAGUGGCGCCCCUCGGCGCAGGCAGCCUCCCGUCAGCCCCCUCACGCUCUCCCCUGGCCCCGAGGCUCAGCAGGGCCUGGGCAGACAGCUCUCUUCAACCAGCCCGCUGAACGCCUAUCCUGCCUCCCAGAUGGUGUCCUCCGAUCUAAGCCGGCUGUCUUUCCUGCCCACGGAGGCUCAAGCCCAGGUGUCCCCGCCGCCCCCUUACCCCGCGCCCCCGGAGCUCCCCCAGCCUCUCCUCCAGCAGCCCCACGCCCAGGAGGCCCCUGCGCAGCAGCCGCAGGCGGCCUCGGCACUGCCCCGGCCAGACUUCCAGCUUCUCCCGUCCCAGGGCUCGUCUUUGACCAACUUCUUCCUGGAUGUGGGCUUUGACCAGCAGUCCGUGAGGCCAGGCCCAGCCUUUCCUCAACAGGUGCCCCUGGAGCAACAAGGUCACCGAGAACUGCAGGACUCGUUUCAUUUGAGACCAAACCUGUAUUCCAACUGUGGGAAUUUCCCAAACGCCCUCCUGCCAGAAGACUCGAGCACCAGCCUGUUCAAAGACCUCAGCAGCGCGCUGGCCGGCAUGCCGGAGGCCAGCCUGAGCGUGGACACCGCGUUCCCGCUGGAGGAGGAGCUCCAGAUUGAACCCCUGAGCCUGGACGGGCUCAACAUGUUAAGUGACUCCAGCAUGGGCCUGCUCGACCCCUCUGUUGAAGAGACAUUUCGGGCUGACCGACUGUGAACAGAAUGUGACCGAGCCGGAGACUUGUUUUCUGAAACAGCCGAAAUAGAAUGGAAUAGAAUGGAGCCGGCUCACAGCCCUGGGCUUCAGUUAUCUUGACAUGGAAGGAACCGGUUCCACAGCCCCAACCUUUCAGAUGAGGUCCCAUCUCAGACGCUGUGGCUUUUUCUAGACCACAGAGCUACGUGCUGCCCCUCGGGCCCGUGGCGGAAGGAGCGUCGCUGCGUCAGGCUGCUGGGGAGCUGCCGAUGCCAUCUCCGUGCCAUUGCCCCUUUUUAUCGGCCGUCCAGUCGGCCAGCGUGUAAAAAUAGAAAACGUCCUGUAAGCGGAGGCCUCGGUAGCGCUGGGUGGCGCGCAGAGCCACUGAUCCCGCGGGCACGGCCUGCGUGGGGGGCUCGCGUCCGGCACCGACCCCCAGGCCUCCUCCGGCCUGACGGCCAGGGCGGGCCAGCUGGGGACGUCCCAGGGCCGAGUGGCGAGCCCGAGCCUGGCUCUCUCGGGUGCCUCGAUUAUCACAUGAAGAAGUUUUACCACAAGUCGGAGGGCAGGCUCGAGUGAGGCCACCGGAAUGCUAAUUUGUCUCCCGGUUUGUAAUCUUGUUUCUGCUGCUUCACUGCGCCUUUUCCUUGCGGACGGGAGGAAAAGGAAGCCCGUCUUACCCAGUCACUGAAAAAGGUUCCCUGGCAACGGAUGGGCCCGAAGAGAACGGUGCUCCUUCUUGGUAGCUGGGGCGGAAAGCGGGGUUGGGCCGGGGGCGCUGCAGGGAUCCCGGGGCACACGACAUCUUCCAGACAAGCUCCGGGCGAGGACAAGGACCGGCCUCCCUCCCUAGGACCGGCGGAGGGAGCCGCAGGCGGCCCUGAGCAGACCCGGCAGCGAGCUUCCCUGUCCCUCCCCAGAGCUGCUUCUCUGUGGACCAGGAGUGUAAUGUCACCCCAUUAGACUGUAAGCUCCUUGAGCAGGGACAGUGCCUUAUUCAUUGUCGAACCCCUGGUACCUAACAAGUGCCUGGCAGCGCGCGCUCGUGUGCCAGAGCACGUGCUGCGUGACUGCGUGUUGAAUGCGUGAAUGAGUGAAUGAAUGAAUGCUCUGCCUUGCUGUAGGGCAGUCUGGUCUGCAGCUGUCCCCAUUCCCUGCCAGAUCUUCUCAGAGCGUUAGCUUUUCUAACACUCGUGCCUGUGGUUAAGCCCGUACUUUAAUGUGCUUUUGACAUUGGUGACCAAACCGCGACUCCGCUGGGCACCCGUCUCCGCGGGGUUGCGCUCCACAGCAAGUCGGUGGACGCCGUGGUCUGAGCGUGCCCAGAAUGGCCGUGCCAACUGAGGCCCCCAGUGCUGGGGCCGGAGGGACCCUGGCCAGGCCCCCACCUCGAAAGAUCUUCCCUUUCAGAUCCAUGUUUUACUCCAACUUGCUUUCCGUAGAGAUUCAUUCUUUCAGGCUGAAGAAAUAGUUUACAGUAAAACGAAGCCCUAAUUCAUGGAGCCACCAUUAGCCAUUCAUCCCUUGUCAUGAAACAGUCUGACCACAUUUCCUCCACCGUCUGCCUCCCGGCCCUGGGCUGGGCCUGAACAAGAAACCUGCCAGUCGGUUCGAAGGGGGCAGAACGCGAGGGGGGCUCUAGGCGAUGAGAAGGCGGAGUGGGGGUGGCGAGGGGAAGCCUGACGGAGAGACGAAAAAUGCCAGAAACUUUGCUUGGACAGCCACUGCCCUCUCGGGAUCCUAGGGGUGUCGCUGAGCGUCGCUGGGCUGCCCCCGCCCACAGAGGCAGGUCUGCACGAUGAAGGUCUGAACCUGACACGUCUGUCCCUACGGCAGGAAGAGUCUUUGUCCCCAGAUCAGGGCUGGUUAGCCUUUCCAGACCUCGUCCCACUUCGCUGCUGCCCGCAGAGGCCUUAUUUCUGACCUUCGGGUCACCCCCGUGGCGCGUCACUCCCCCUUCCUCUGGACGCCGAGUGUUCGUGUUUCACAUUUGCCCCGAAUCUUCAGUGCUGAAUUGCGAAAUCAAACGCCCGUCCUCCUUGCCUGGUUUCUGGCUCAGGAAGGGGCUUCUGGCCUCCCUUUGCAGCCUCGUUCCCAGUUAAACGUUCAGAUCCCUUUGUGUUUGCUGUCUCGGAGGGGGGCGACUUUCUGUUUAAGUGAAAGGGCCUUUAGCUGCGACGCCACCCGGCACCCCGUGUGCUGAAAGAAGCCAGCUCUGUGUCAAAGGCCCCGAAGUCUGAUCUCGCCCCUCAGCAGGGAGUGGUGCUGAUGUUGCAAGAGUUUUCAUUUUUGAAAAAGAGGUUGCAGCAUUAUCCAUGCCUCCCAUAGUGCCUUACCCAAGGGGACCAUCGUGUCGGGGUCCCAGUUCGCUUUGUCUGCAUAGCAUCCCUGCCUGACGACAGGAGACCCCAAGGCCUACACCAGGCAUUGCCGCCCCCGGGGCAUUCUCUGGGGCACUCGUGGAAAUGGAGGCUUCCAGGGGAAGCGAUUUGUUGGGGAAGUAUAGUGAUGACAAUGUGCUUUAGCACUGAAUUAAAUUUGUCCUUAGGUCCUUCCGUCCAGUCUUUUCUUGUGAAAAGGUUUUGGACAUUAUACAACCCACCUUGCCUAGGUGGUAUCGGGGACACACCAAGGACAGUGUGGCCCCAACCCUGCACUCACUGCUGCCUUCGUAACAAACCUGCCAUGGCCCUCUGCGUGUGAAGGGGCCACGCGCUUCAGAAUAAACUAUUUUUCAAUACUUAGUUUUGUCACAAGGAACGGAUCGUUGUACUGCCGCCAUUUACUAGCAGUUCCACAGCAUAGAGCUGAAAGCCUGUCUGUGUUUCCACCUUUUCCCUCCGUGUGGUUGUGGUUUUUAACACAGGGUGUUAGGAGAAAAUUUUCUUGAUCGUGUCAAGGUGAACAUGAAUUCUCCUUCGCCCUGUUGCAUUUCUCCUGAGUCUGCCGUGUAUCACCUGAGCUGAGACGUUGUGUGUUCCAGUCUGUCCGCGCAUUUGAAGACAAUCCCGUCUGACUCUCGUUGCUCUUCUGACCCAUGCACGGAUGGUUCCGAGCGCGUUUCCACUGCUUCGUGGAUGGGACCGUCGCAGCAGCUAAUCAGACUUCCUGCCAGUGUCCUAACUCCCAGGGCCGCCUGUUAAACAAUAUUUAAGGAUUGGAAUUUGUAUAAAGUAGCCUCCAGGUUUUAUAAUGCAUCAUUUUACAACUUUGAUAAUUAAAAGCAGCACAGUACGGUUGU